AUGUCGGGAAGAAGUUUAGUUUUAAUAUUUGACAGUUCUCAACAUCGGAUGGUAUGCAGUAAGGGCGAUUUUUCAUCAAUAUAUGAUGUUACGCCCUACAAGGCUCAAAUUUUGGCUACAAUGAAAUAUGUAAGCCCUCCUGGUCGUGGUACCGAAAUAUUCAUAAGUGGUCUGAGAAGAGAUAUCUUAAUUCAAGAAAUUCUUGAAAUGAUGUUGCCGAUUGGUGAUAUUUAUCAAAUUAGAAUUCUUCAAGAAUUUAGUGGAUAUUGCAGAGGUAUGGGUUUUGUCAAAUUUUUUGAUGUUACAGCAGCUAGAAAAGCUACGAUUCUACUCAAUAAAAGUAAGAGCCAGCCAAUAGGCAUUUUUGACAGAAAAAAAUGUUUUCCAAAUACUUCACCGCUACCUAUUCCAUUUACAAGUACACCGCCACAACAAUCUGUUCAAAUUACAAGUGUAUCACCACCAGAACUGGAUCAAUCAAAUCAGGUUACCAGUACUACUGCCAACUAGAUGUUCUAAACUACUUAAUGAAGAUUCAUUUAUUCUGCAGAUUCGAAGCAUUUAAGUUUUUCUUUAGAUAAUUUGACUUAUUACACAUAUUAAAAAAUAACCAGAGCACUUUUAGAUUGGUUUGUAUUUGAAAAUAAGCUGCCAUUUUGUGUUAUAUGGUACAUUUCACCGUUACUUCACUUUUUGUGGAGAAUACUUUGUUAAUGUUUUUUUUCGCUAUUUUUAUGUCAGAUCUGAUUUGUUUAUGCGCUUCAUUAUACUUCAUAUAUAUCAUGUGUGAACAUUGGUUUCGAUUAGAUUUAUACGAAAUUUAUUACGAAAACAUACGAAAGGCGCAUUAUACUAUUUCCAAAAUACUGUACAAACCCCACCACUAGGGUCUCU